CGUAGUUGUCCCGCCCCCUGAGCUUCUGGGUGAGGGUUCAGUUUGUUUUUCAGCAACAGAAGCAGACUUGCUCCUCUUUUGCAGAGUCACCACAGGGCUUGUAAACCAGCAGAUAUGUCAUCCAUGAUGGAAGAUGAGGUAUUUAUGGCUUUCACCACCUAUGCAGCUAUUGUCAUUCUGAAGAUGUUGCUGAUGGCACCUAUGACAGCAUUCUUUCGCAUUUCCAGGGGGGCUUUCGUGAAUGAGGAAGACGUGGCCUUAAAGCCUUCAGAGGAGAGGAAGAAGCUGCUCAAAAGCCACCCGGAUGUAGAGCGAGUUCGAAGAUGUCACCAGAACGACCUGGAGAACGUCGUUCCCUUCGUGCUGAUCGGCCUGCUCUACGCUCUGACUGGACCUGAGCUCUCAGCCGCUCUGCUUCACUUCCGCGUCUUUGCCGGCAGUCGGAUCUUCCACACCAUCGCCUAUGUCGGCGCUCUUCCUCAGCCCAGCAGGGGACUGUCCUGGAUAAUUGGCUUUCUUGUCACCAUCUCCAUGUCUUACAGGGUGCUCAGCAAAGUUCUAGUCCUUUAGAGACGAUAUUGGUCCAGCUUCUUCACAAGCUCACAUUCCUACAUGAAGCCUGUUUUUUACUUCACUCUUGCUGCAGCUAUCUAUGAGCUUAAUUAUUAAACAUCAUUUUCACUUCAUCUUUGCAUUCCCUCGAACUAUUGUCUCAGAUGAAAAUGUGUUUUAAUAAACUUUUCCACUAG